AUGAAAUUCGAGCACCUGGCUCAUUUUUAUUCACAGGGUAUAGCUGAGACCUGGAAGUGCAGGAAGUUUGGUGAGGGUCUGAAAUAUGAUCUGAAGAGAGUGGUGGUGCCUAUGGCCAUCACGGAGUUUCCAGCCUUAGUAGAGAAGGAGAAGGUAGUUGAGCGGUUGGAAGGUGGUAACCGCGGGGUGAAGACUGCUGAGGGGCCAUCUGGGUCCAAGAAAGGAGGGAACCAAAGGAAGCCGUAUGAUAGGCCCCAACCACAACAAGGGGGUCCUGUCAUCAGGCAACCUUCUGGUGCUACAGGUGGAGGGAGACAGGGUGGAGGUGCCACUCUGAGAUGUUAUAGGUGUGCUGGUCCCCACUUUGUCAGGGAUUGCCCGCACAUUAAGAGCCGUUGUUUCAGAUGCCACCAGAUGGGCCAUGAGUCGGCCAACUGUCCUACUAGAGGUGUACCAGGGAGGAGUGAUGCACAGGGAGGUGGUGCCCAGAGGGGUGAUGCUCAGAGGGGUGACAGACCCACUACAGCUGGUAGGGUAUUCGCCUUGACUGGGGCUGAAGCUUCUACUUCCUCAGAUCUUGUGAAAGGGAAGGGUAGAGCUGCUGGUAAGGAUGUGAUGAUCCUUUUUGAUUCUGGUGCAUCUCAUUCAUUCAUAUCUUAUGCUUGUGCUGCUGUGUUGGGAAUGGAUUGGUUAGCUGCCAAUCGUAUUCUUAUAAAUUGUGCCAAUAGGCGGUUGAUUUUUCCUCAGGAGGAAGAGGAGCUGUUGAUUUCGGCUGGCCAAGCUGAAUCAUUGGAGAUGGAGUUUAGCAUUGACCUGGUCCCAGGCGCGGGGCCAGUGUCGGUGGCUCCCUAUAGGAUGGCUCUUGCUGAGCAGGUUGAGCUGAAGGGUCAGUUGGAAGACCUGUUGGAGAAACAGCUGGUGCGGCCGAGUGUAUCGCCGUGGGGUGCUCCUGUGUGUUGGGGAGGCAGAGCAUUGGUGGAGAGGUACCCAUCAUAUGCUGACCGCCAGAGGGGUGGUUGUUGA